CUGCUUAUUCCUGUCUUUCCCUCGUGGCACAUGCAGGUGGAGGGCCAGGAAGGCUAUGAGGAUGAGGACCUGGCAGAGGACCUGAUGGACGGAGGGGACGAGGCCCGGUCCUGGACCCCGCAGGAGAAAUCCUUACAUGAGGCCCGGCUGAAGGCCAAGGCCAAGCGCCGGCUGCGGCGCACCUCUUCGCGGGACUCCAACCGGGAAUCUCUCUCCGAAGCGGGGGAGCCAAGCCCCGAUCCCAGCAGCCCCCGGGGCAAAAACCACGACCGCAAGUCCCGCAUGGGCAAAGGCCGUGGCCUGCCAAAGAAAGGUGGUGCCGGGGGCAAAGGCGUGUGGGGAGCCCCCGGGGUCGUCUACAGUUACCAGGAGCCUGACGCACGAGACCCCAACUACGACGAGGCAGCGCAGGGCAAGACGGUGUAUGCCACAGUGGUGCCUGAGCUGGAGGAGGCGGAGCUGGAGAAGACUGUGCAGCCCAUGGUGCUGGAGUACUUUGAGCAUGGGGACACCCUGGAGGUUGUGGAGCUGCUCCGGGACCUCAACUUGGGCAGCCGCAAGGCCGCGGUGUCCUCGCUGGCCGUGACGCUGUCCCUGGAGGGCAAGGCCAGCCAUCGGGAGCUGACCUCCCGCCUGCUCUCGGACCUCGUGGGGAAGGUGCUGAGCACCGAGGACAUGGCCGCCGCGUUCGACGGCAUGCUGCGCGACCUCCCCGACCUCAUCCUGGACACGCCCGAGGCGCCGCAGAUGCUGGGCCAGUUCAUCGCCCGGGCUGUGGCGGACCACGCGCUGCCCCCCGACUUCCUCGAGCGCUACAAGGGGCGCGUCGACUGUGAGCAUGCACGGGCCGCCCUGGACCGGGCUGCCGUCCUGCUGCGCAUCAAGCGAGACGUGCACCGGCUGGACAACGUGUGGGGCGUGGGCGGCGGCCAGAGGCCGGUCAAGCGCCUGAUUAAGGAGAUGAACCUGCUGCUCCGUGAAUACCUGCUGUCGGGAGAUGUGUCCGAGGCGGAGCGCUGCCUGCGUCAGCUCGAGGUGCCCCACUUCCACCACGAGCUCGUUUACGAGGCCGUGGUGAUGGUGCUGGAGUCUUCUGGGGACACGGCGGUCACCAUGAUGGUGAAGCUGCUGAAGGUCCUGUGGGAGACGGGCCUGGUGACUCUGGACCAGAUGAACCGGGGCUUCCAGCGGGUCUACGGUGAGCUUGGAGACAUCAGCCUUGACGUGCCGCUGGCCCACGGCCUGCUGGAGCACCUGGUGGACCUCUGCUUUGAGGAGGGGGUCAUCACCAGGCAGCUGCGGGACUCCUGCCCUGCCAGGGGACGGAAGCGCUUUGUCAGCGAGGGAGACGGCGGCCAAAUUAAGCAGUGAUCGGACGCUUCGAGCCCCCUCCCCCGCCAGGCCGGUUGAUCGCAAUGGGGAGGCCGGGAGCCCCUCGGCCGACUCUCCCCACCCCGUACUCCCAGCAGCAGGGCCGGCCUGGCCGCUGGCUCACUCGUGCUUCCCGGGACCGGAGGAGG